CUAUUUAGCUCACAAUGCCUAGCCAGCGCACUCCUACAGUCACGUAGCGGUGAGCGUCCCGUAACAACCGAGCACCCUGGGACUUGUAGUUCUCUAUGGACUUGACAGACGCAAGGUUAAUAGGUUUUCCAAGUUAAGAGAGGUUGUAGCCCGAGCCUAGAGAGAGAGAGACUUUAUUGGAGAGCUUGUCGCUCAGAGGAGUCAGGGCGAGCGAAUGGGAACGAAGGAGGCGUGGCCGCGUCUCCGCGCGCUAAUUUGAAUACACGUUUGAAACGGUCGGGCGGCUUCAGUUGCUGUUAGAAUACAGCUAGUUGAGCUGCUUUCCGUAGUCGCCUGGGAGAGGGAUUCAUAUAAAAUGGCAAAUGUUACUCCAAGGAAGAGGAAUCAAAGUUCUAAAUAUGGCAGUCUAUUUGAAAAUCCAAUGAAGAAGAUAAUAUUGGACUUUACUGAAAGUGUGCCUUCAUCCCCAAGUGAAACCCCUAAAAAGGAAAUAGCACAAAUUAAAGAUUUGGAUAAAGAAAAUGUAUGUUAUCUCUUCCAAGGACACCACGUUUCAAGUCAGUUCAAUAAGUAUCCACUAGAAACAGCCUGUGCUAUUCAAAAAGGAGGAGGGGAAGUGACCCCAAUGAAGCCUCCACAGCAAAGUUCUCCCUUCAAAUGUGCCAUGUCGACUAGAUCCUUUUAUAACAGAGAUAAAUGGUACCUGAAUCCGCUGGAGAGGAAGCUUGUCAAAGAGAGCAGAUCUCAUGGUCAGAAAAAUGAUUGUGGAUAUAACAAGCCAGUUCCUAACAUGACAGAAAAAAAACAUCAAAAGGUGUUAAAGAAGACAAAACCUAAAGUAAAAAGGAAUUCAGCUCCUAAAUAUGGAAAUUAUAAAGGCAUUAAAACAGUAUUAAGGAAUUCUGUAAAACCCCAGCAAAAGAGAAUUAUUUUUAAAUCUGCCAUGGGACAGGAGGAUAACAGUCAUGAACCUGACAAGAGUUUGACAAACCCCAUUCCUCGAGUGCUGAGUCUAAAAGUUAAACCCCAAGUGACUCUCCAGAGUGGGGCAGCAUUUUUUGUGGCUGGGAAAAAAUCUCACUCUUUGUUCAAAAAAAUGAUUUUGGAUAGUCAAGCAAUGUCUGAGCUCAAGACCAAUAAACCUAAACCAGCAGUGAUUAAGAAUCCUAGCACUAAUGAAAAAGAGACUUUUGAGGAUCCAAAUGGUAGAGUAACUUCUCCUAAAGAAGGGAAGCUUGUUGAGAAUAAGUCCCUUUCUUUAAAGGGGCCUCACAGUCAGAACAGUAAGAAAGGAUCUUCUGUUACCUAUCCCAUUUUUAACAGAAAUUCACUCAAUCAAAAAAGUUCUUUAGCUUUUCUGGAAGAACCAUCAUCUUUAGGGUCCGACACAACUAUUAAUGAAUCUUCAAAUGCCUUGAAAGAGUUCCCAGCACAGAAAGCUAACAAAAAUACCAGAGAAUUAAACAAAGGAUUGAAAGACCAGCUUGUUAUUGAUGCAGGUCAGAAGUAUUUUGGAGCCAUUAUAUGCAAGUCUUGUGGCAUGAUCUAUACAGCAGCCAGCCCCGAGGAUGAAGCGCAACAUGCCCACUAUCACCAGAGACUCCUGGAAGGAAUUAAAUAUGUGGGUUGGAAGAAAGAACGUAUUGUGGCAGAGUUUUGGGAUGGCAAGAUUAUAUUAGUACUUCCUGGUGACCCAAAGUAUGCCAUUCGAAAGGCAGAAGAUGUCCGUGAACUUGUAGAUAAUGAACUGGGAUUUAAGCAAGUUAUUCCAAGCUGCCCAAGCAAAAUUAAAACCUUCCUCUACAUAUCUGAUGAAAAGAAAGUAAUUGGAUGUCUAAUUGCUGAGCCAAUCAAACAGGCCUUCCGGGUCCUAAAUGAACCAGCUAGUCCAGACUCUGCAAACCAUCAGACAUUUUACAACCAGCGAGCCUGGCAGUGUUCCAGCACCCCAGAGCCAGCCCUCUGUGGUAUCAGUCGGAUCUGGGUCUUUAACCUGAUGAGGAGAAAGGGCAUUGCUCGUCGAAUGGUGGAUACUCUCCGGAAUUACUUCAUGUUUGGCUGCUUUCUGAGUACUGAUGAAAUAGCCUUUUCUGAUCCAACACCAGAUGGCAAAUUAUUUGCAACCAAAUACUGCAAUACACCCAACUUCCUUGUUUACAACUUCAUUAGUUAGACAAGUUUAGUUAUACUCAGAAAUAUUAAAAACUCUUUCGCAAUUUUGUGUUUGUUAAAUUGGCAAAUCAGAAAACAAAUUUGUUCUUUCCCCCCUGAAAUCCAAGUUAUUAAAAAAAUUCGUAACAGGAUGACUGAUUUUUAAAACAGUUUUUGUGACUGGCUGUGUAUGUAUGGCUGUAGAAAAUAAUCAUUUAUCUUGCUUUCUGAUACAAUGUACAUUGACAACUUUUGGUCUCCCAUAGUACCUAGUCACUAGCAAUGAGGGAUUAUUUUUCAGUAUACAGUAUAGCUUGUAUUAAAGUAUUAUCAGAUUGUUAUAUUGAAAGAGAACUUUUUAAAGUUUUUUAUUGUUAAUUCAUCAAAUAAUGUUUCAAAUUUCUGGUAUCUUCAUAGUAAAUAUUUGUUUUAUUACUAUUGAAAAACUCUGAAAUGAACAAAAUGUGUUCAUCAGGUUUAGUUCUUAUUAGGUUCAGUAUUAUAAAUCCUAGAGAUAAUUACAGUCAAUUGAAAAUUUGACAGCUUUUGUGCUACUUGGUUUACUUACAAUUCAUCAUUGUUAUUUAAUACUGAUGUUAAACUUAAAGCAACUUGAACUUCUAUUCAGUUUUAUUUUUAUAAUUUGAAAAAUGCACCUUAAUUGUUAGGCAUUUAAUUAAAAAUGGGGAAAUGUAAAUUAUAAGAUUUCAUAUUUCAUUAUCUCUAGAGAUGGGAUUGUGCUAUAGAGGAAAUGAUGAAAGGAUGUAAAUAAGUCUGCUUAUAUCUUUUCUAAGUGAAUUUUCUGCACUGAUGACUUAGAAACAAGCUUGUUAAUACAUUUAAUUAAAAUAAAAAUUUUAUUGAUGUUAUAA